CGGUUUAAUGAAGAAGAUCAAAUUAUUCUUAAUCCAAAAGGUGGAGACAAACGAUCAAUUUUAACUGCUGAACAUAAAAAUUUCUUGAGCGAAUGUAUUGAUGAAGAUCCAAGCAUAACUAUUGCAGAUUUGACUAAGAAAUUGACUGAUAAAUUUCCUAAAUUAAGCUUAACAGUUAUUUCCCACAAAUGUAAUACCCCUGGAACUAUAAUGGAAAGAGAAAAAUAUGUUAAAAAAAUUUAUGAAGAAAGCAUUGAUAUGUAUGAAGCAAUUUAUAUUGACGAAACUGGAUUUAAUUUGCACUUAUCUUCUUCUCGUGCAAUCACAAAAGAUAGAGUUUUGAAAUGUAGCUCAUAUUUGGAAUUGGCUAAUGCUAAUAUUUUUUCAAAAUUCAUUGAAGAUCUUAUUUCUUUGAUUCCUGCAGAUACUAAAAAAUUAUUAGUAAUGGAUAAUGCUCCUAUUCAUUGUGCUUAUAUUGUACAGAACAUAGUUGAAGAUUCACUUUAUGAAAUUUUCUUUCUUUCUCCCUACUCCCUGUUUUUGAAUCUAAUUGAAAAUAUUUUCUUUAAAGUUAAGGGCCUUGUAGCAGAAAAUCAAUUUAGAGAUUGUGAAACCAUUCUAAGUAGAAUUGAUGACGCAUUUGAUGCAGUAUCUGUGGAAGAUUGUAUUGAAUGGAUUUGA